GAGAAAAGCGAACAAGAAAAACACACGUUUUCUCAACCGGAACUGUGUUGAUCUGGUUGCUCAGAAUCUUGCAGCGUCACACAUAUAACGAGGAAACACACCUGGAUCGAGCAAAUUCCACGCGACCAACAUGGCACUUAUAGUAAUUCAUUCGAAGGACGAGUUUGAUGCUGCAUUGAACGACUUUGAUGGGCUGGUAGUUGUGGAUUUUUAUGCUGAUUGGUGUGGUCCAUGCAGAAUGAUUGCCCCUAAAUUUCAAGAUUUUGCUACAAAGUAUUCUGACUGCAGGUUUUUGAAAGUGAAUGUGGAUGAGGCAGAAGAUGUUUCACAGUCUUGUAGUAUUCAAGCUAUGCCUACUUUUCAUUUGUACAAAAACAAACAAAAGGUAGGGGAGGUGGUUGGAGCUGAUGCAAAUAAGCUGGAAGACUUGAUAAAAAAGAACAAGUAAUUCAUAACAGAUGAAUUAUGUGUCUAAACAUUACAUUAUGAACAUUCAUAUCUUUCCUCUAAAUAUUCUCUUGUCUUUACACAUUGUAACCAGGCAAACAAUAUAUUAGAGUUGUAGCUGAAACCAAAAAUGGAAACAAAAAUUGACAAAUAUGUUUUUGGAAAUGUCCAGGUUUUCUUAGCCAAAUGAACUUCUGCAAAAGAAAGGAUCAGCAAACCUUACUAUUAGUUUGGAAACAUUUAAAAAAAAAAAUUGGCUAAUUUAUAAGGAAAUAUAUCUGGAAAAUUGUUAUGAAAUGUUUUUGGAAGAUUUGUUAUAAAAUGUUUUUGAAAAAUUUAUUAUGAAUUUAUGUAGCAAAUUUAUUAUGAAUUUGUAAAAAUUAUAUUUGGAAGAUAUAUUAUAAUAAUAUUUGGAAAAUUUGUUAUGAAGUGUUUUUGUCAAAUAUAUGAUGACAUUAAAGUUAAUUUAUUUUUGGAAAGACCACAGCUUAAACCCUGAUAUAUAUUUGACCCAUUAGUUAAUCUAACCAAUAUUUGGUACCUAUCUGAAAUUGUUUUAAUGUAUGUAGAAUUUUGUAUGUAAUGAGAUAGACUCAGAUCAGAAACACAUCUGUAAAACUAGUCAUUUAAAUUUCACGUUUUGACCAUCAAAUCAGAGAGCAUUUAUUUGUUUGUUUGAGAAAUUGUUGAUUUAUAUACUAGUAGUUAAUCACUCAUUGUGUUUAUUAUAAAAUAGCUGUUGUGAUUGGUUUAAGACCAGGUAUUAAAUGAUUGUUAUGAUUAUACUGUUGUGAUUGAUUCAAAACCAGUUGAAAUUAUUUAAUCGUGAUUGAUUCAAGACCUGUUAAAAUUAUGAUGCUGUGAUUGAUAGAACUUAUUUCAUAAAUCAUUAAGUUUUGUUGCUUUGAUUGCUAGUAAUUUAUAAAUCACUGAUUGUAUUGUUUUCUGUUAUUAUAGGUAAUUAGAUACACAUACAUUUUACAUUAUUGCCAUUUUCUACUCCUCUUCACACCUAACAAAUAAAAUGCUUAAACUGU